UCCGCGAUUUCAGACCGAAUUAGUUCGAAAGAUGACGAGAGAUCACGAUUCAGAUUGCAGUUAGUGAUAGAUAUAAGAAAUACCAAUUUAUAUAUUGAGACCAUAACGAGUUAACCACUUCGACUAAACGUGCAAAAUAAUGAUUUUACAAAGUAUUGUGAGCGUUCUAUUGCUUUUGGCAUCGACCGUGGAAGCAGAUUUCUCUUGCAUAUGCAACUACAAUAUCGAGAGCGCAGUGUACGCUUCGACAACUAAGGAUUCUUCCAUUGGAUACCUCUACGAGUUUGACUGUAAACCGGAAGGCCCACCAUCCGACGAUCCAAAAUGGGUCACAAUCCAGUUUGAACAUAAAUAUGGGUAUAUGGAGAAGGGACAGGGCAUUGAGACGCAAGUCUGCCCUGGGGCACCUCCAGUGACAGACGUAGUCACAACGACUGAAGCACCAACAACAACAACAACGACGAGGUCUACUCUUGCUCCAACUACAACAACUAUCACCGCCGCAAGCACUACUUCUACCACAACUCCCAAUCCAACAACUACAACACCACUACCUACAACAACAACAACAACGCCAAUACCAACAACUACAACUCUACAACCCACAACAUCAACAACAACGACGCCAAAACCCACAGCAACAACACAACCCACAACAACAACAACGACGCCGAAAUCCACAACAACAACGCAACACACAACAACUACAACUUCACAACCCACAACUACAACAACGACGCCGAAACCCACAACAACGACACAAUCCACAACAGCUACUUCGACACAGCCUACAACAACUACUACAACACCAAAAACAACAACCCCUAUUCCAAAACCAACAACAACGACAACCUCUUCAACACCCACGACAACCCCAAUACCACCAACUACUCAGAGGACCACACAAGUUCAUACAACACCAACAACCACAACUAGUUCUAUUGGACCGUUCACACAAGUACAGUACGGAUGCCCCAAACAGUACUUUCAACACGCACAACUACAUCACGGGACCCUGUUCACACUAGACAGCACAUGUUACGAGAUUGUGCCAACGGAAGCUUCGUGGACAGAUGCGGAGGCUGACUGUGUUGCAAGGGGAGGUCAUCUUGCACAUAUACCUGAUCAACGGCACCAGGACGCCAUAUACCAUGUGACCAGUCAGUAUCUAAGCGAUGACAUUUGGAUUGGAUUGAAUGACAGAAACCACGAGCGACAAUAUGAAUGGUCGUCAGGGGACCCGGUGAAAUACACCAGUUGGAUUGGUGGGCACGAGAACCUCUUCUUUCACGGACUCCAGGAUUGUGCGGUACUCGGAGCUCUUUUGUACCAGGGCCACUGGGACGAUAUCGACUGCGAUACGGAAUUAAAUUACCUUUGUGAAUUUAGGGCUACAAUGACAUCAGUUUUUGCGACGACCACGCCGAUGCCACAAGUCUCUAACACAGACGGCGACAUCCAUAUGUGCCCUGCAUCAGUUCAGCAGGAAUCAAGGCGAAACAAUAAUAUCCUGGCCCAGCAUGGUGACAGCUGCUAUGAGCUUCAAACAGACGACAAGGUGAUCUGGGCCCAUAGCGAGUAUCUGUGUAGGCAACAAGGCGGCCAUAUGGUGGCAAUAACCAGUGCGACUGAGCAAGCCUUUGUGGACGCCUUUAUGGCACGUCAUAAUCCUAACCGGGCUGUCUGGAUCGGGCUCCAUGAUAGGAGAGUUGAAGGACAGUUUGAAUGGACUUCAGGGGAAAGUGUAACCUACACGAACUGGGUUCCAAACCACAUGAGUAACUUUGAAAGUUACCGCACGGAGGACUGUAUUGCACUGAUUCCAUACCAAAGCGGCCAAUGGGACGACAUACCGUGUGGGUCCCAGGAUCCAUUCUUUGGUGAUGACAUUGGGGAGAAACAUUAUACCUUCUGUGAAUACAAAAUUUCGCAAAGUCACGGAAACGUGUUGGUUGGAUAAGAUGCGGACAUCGCCUCUGGUGGAAAUUUAAACAUUCGAUUACAAAAUAUUUUACUUACUUUUAUCCGUUAUCUCAUAAUAAAAAAUCUGGUUAAAGCUUUCAAAAA